AUGGUUCAAGAUUCAAUGGACUAUGCAAAGAAGUGUGAAGCUUGUCAAUACCAUGCAAACUUCAUACAUCAUCCUCCAGAGCCUCUACAUCCAACCGUGGCUUCUUGGCCGUUCGAGGCUUGGGGACUCGAUCUAGUUGGUCCUAUUACACCAAAAUCAUCAGCAGGACAUUCUCAUAUCAUUGCAGCAACAGAUUAUUUCUCAAGAUGGGCUGAAGCCAUUCCCUUGAGAGAGGCCAAGAAGGAGAACGUGGCAAACUUUAUUCAUACCCACAUCAUCUAUCGAUACAGUAUUCCUCACCGGAUUGUGACAAAUAAUGGAAGAUAA